UUUGUUGUUGUUUUUUUUUUAAAAACAGAAGAUGCCUUUAAAAAACAUUCUCUUAUUAUAAAGUCAUUUGGAAACCUUACCAUAGGAUGGCCACCUCAAAUGGAAAAGGUGAAAAGGUGUCCAAAUUUGAGACACUGAAACUUUUGGAGAAAUGCAGAAAGGAAAGAGAUGAUGCCAUUCACAGGGAAAGUGUUCUCCGAGAGAAACUGAGACAGUAUGAGUCAAGGAUGCGUUCAACUGAGGCUCUAAAACAGAAACUGAAGAGCCUGACUAUGGACAACAAGGAGCUGAGGAAACAAGUGAAGGCUCUUCGUAUUGAGAUUGGACUUGAGUGCAGCCCUAAGUUCAAUGGAAAGACUACAAAGGACAUAAUCAAUGACUUGCAUGAAAAGGAGCGUGAGUGCAGUUCCCUGGUUGAGAAGGCUGGGAAACUGAGUCUGACCAUUGAUGAUUUGACAUCGGAGUUGGCAAAUACAGUCACCUCUAAAACACUUUUAGAGGAUCAGGUGCAGUCAUUGCAGCAAAAUCUCAAGGAUAUGACAAAUAAUCAACGCCGUCUGCUAAAGCUGUGGGAAGACAAGAAGUCCCAGAGGGAACAGCUUGCCCUCCCUGCAAUUGGACAGAAGCCACUUGUCCAUAAAGCAGCUCAAACUGAGAUGUCCAUCGGUUCAUCCCAAAAGCUCCCUGUCAAUGCCUUUGAAACAAAGCCAUUCUCCCGGGAUCAUGAGAAAAACACUGUUUUGGAUAAACACAGUUUUCCAACCUAUGGAAAUGGCUAUCAUCAUGACAAGAAAGCUUUCCUGCAUGAUGAGACCAAAGGAAUUCAGAACUGAUGUGACUCACUGACUGAUAGCCACUGGCAGUGUGUAUUGAUAAAGUAGUGCAAAGAUAAAGCAAACAACAAUUGGACUGAUAUUUAAUAUGACUGUAAAUAAAUAAAUGAAUAGCAGGAUAUAACACUCAAACAAUCUAAUACCAGUUUAUGGCUUCUCUUGGUGCUUUGUUUAAUUUAACUUUGGGACACUGGUUUUAUCUAAGUAUUUGCAUUAUUUAACUUUAAGUCGACAUUUAUCCAAAGCAAGUUUUGAAAACUAUUCUUUGUGAGCUUAUUCCGUUUAA